CUCCUGUUGAUUGGUGCAACACAUGCGCGGCCACUACCUCGCCGGCCCGCCACGCGUGCCCCGCCUUCGGCUGCGGCUGCCACCGUUCCGCCGCCACGCCGCCGCACAUGGCCUGCUACGAGUCGCCGCUACACUAUACCUCGUGGCCCAAUGACAACCUCGCGCAGUCGCGCCCACCGCGCCAGCCGCGGUGCCCAUGUAUUCCUCGACGAACAUGGCGCCCGGCGGCGAGCAUCUUCUGCGUCUGCAACGACACAAGCGUGAAGCAAGCGCCGUGGUGACCUCGAGGACAACCCAGCAGAACGUGAUCGCCACUCGGCACGGGGUUUUCCUCUUCGAUUGCUGAACACGGUCAACGGAUUGCGGAGAAGGGCGGACGCCUCCGAUGUGCCUGUUCGUCGUCGGAGACGCGCGAGUCUCGGAGGAGAGGCUGGCGUGAUUUCUUGAUCAGGAUCGACGAGUGUCUCUCCGCUCGUGGUGGUCGGGGAAGAUGGCAAGCGGGAGGUGGCCGCGACGCGCUCCAGGUGUUCGACAGAAAGCCUAGCUGGCCCAACUAGACGGAACAGAGGGGCCUGAUCGACACCUUUUGAGCACCUUGAAGCAAGUGCCGCACCGAGCAGUGGCAGAGGCAGCUUGUCGUUGCUGUUGAGGCUGCACGCACGCACGCACGCGCCGGAAGAGGUGCUGCUUGCUGCUGCUACUAAUUGGUGUUGCUCUGCUCGAUCGGCAAACAGCAGCGGCUGGCGCUUGCAAUAUCUAAAGAUGGUGAUUCCGUGGGCGUCGUCAUCUCCAGCCUGUCCCUGCAAGCAUCGGAUUCAUGAUUACAAUGUUCCAAGAUGACGUUCCCAGAAUCCACCAUCAGCUCCUCACAUUGUUCAAAGACCAGAGCCGCCGCCGUGGAAUAACCUGAGUCCAUAUUCAUCACAUGGAUCGAAUCACCAAAGAAGGGUAGCUCAACCUGCAUACGAAGACCAGAACCUUCACAAAGAGCAGUUGCUUCUGCCGUAACCUCAUCAGUCAUCCGCGCCCACAAAGUCGCUCCACAUGCACCCAUGUUAUCCUCCUCCAGCGUCGACGUUAAGAAUUUGACACCCCGUGGGUGGUUUCUUCCAAGAGUUCCGGUGUGGGGCAUGAGACAAGUCACCCUUCAUGUUGAGUUAUUCGGUUGAACACGUUUGUGAAAGCGUGGACGAUGAAGUCUGUGGGAGGCGGGACAAGAAGCGAGCCAUUCAUGGCUUCCUUGCUUGGUUACGCUUGUUGGCUUUUUUUCUCCUUGAUGGAAAAUGGAUGGAAGGCCAACGAGUCCGUCUGGCUCAACGGGUCCGGGACUGUCGUCUACAUUGUCUAUCUGCUGAUGUUUCUCUGGUACAUGGACGCAGCCAAUCGAUGGAUUACAGUCGAGUGGUGGGUUCCCGGCGCCGUGUUGUACCUGUGUGCCGCAGCAAUCUUUGGAGUUCUGGCCGGUUGGACCUGGGUCUUCAAGGUGAUGUGCACGCUGGCUGGACUGGCCUCCGCGUCCGCAUCACUCGUGCUGACUGUGUUUGUGCUCGAGAGGAAGGUGGAGUUUUUGCCUGAUUGUGUGUCCACGACAGUGAGCCUACUUCACUAUUGCGUGUGGAUCGCUCGUGACGCUAUCGACCCAAGAGAUUACUUUGAUAUGGUCCAAAAUGUUUGCGGCUUUGGUUGCUGCUUGGCUUUCCUCACCCUGCCGUUCCUGCCCUUCUUCUGGACGGGGGAUGGGACGCGGGCCAAGCCAACACUGGCAGAUGAGGACGACCCCAACAGGCCACUUAUCUCUCUGCCUGGCGAACCACCCGCACCGCUGCAUCAGCCGCUGACCGCCGUCAACCCGCAUGCUGAUGAGCUCGUCAACCUGCCGGCCACCAAUGUGUUCCAGGAGCCCAGGAGGGCGGGUUCGGCUCCAUCCACACCGAAGAACCAAGUUGAUGAUACACGCAGGGUGGUUUCGGCUCCAUCCACACCGAAUUAGUAAGUUGAUGAUACACACAGAUGCUGGCUUCCUUAAUCAUGUGCCAGCAGUGCCAGAUCCAAGAGACAAAUCAAAUUCUGUCUUUUAUGCAAAAGAUUUUUUUUUACAUUCUGUACGGAGUACUGUAUAAUCCAUCUCCAAGAGACAAAUCAAAUUAGGAAACAGUUCUGAGACGCCACAUGUAUGUUUUUUCAAGAAUUUUGCAGAGAUGACAAAAUGUUCAUGUUUCAGCGAUUUGUAGCUUAAGCUCAGUCACACGUAGUAAAACCAGUUUCUCCAAUGAUUAACUAUGUGCUAUGUUGCUACCAUAUAACUAUGC